ACGAGGAACGAGCCCCAGGUCUGAACUCGGCCGUCCAAGUCUCCGGCUCGUUUCCCAGGCCGUCUGCCCCGUUCAGGACGUGUGAUCUUCGUGUCGCCUCGAGAAUAUCGCCUCCCCACCGAGGAAGAACACUCCUGGAUCACCUUUUACUCGUGGAACGCGGCUGAGGAAACCAUGACCAUGUGCCGGCUGCUGUGGCCCAGCAUUUUUGUCCUCCUACUAUCGUGUGGUGCCUUCAGCAUGCCACCCAGGGACAAUGGCCAAACCGAAACAGAAGAAAAGCGUUCGCAAGAGGACAUUAUGUUUGGGAACCAACAGAACAAGCCGGCUGGAAUGAUGGACGACCUCAUAGUAUUCCCCGAUCGAAAGUCCGAUCCUUCUGCCGCCACGGGCAACACGGUAGAAGACAAAAAUGGCACGCAGCAGAGCAACGAGAACGACUGGAGUACCCAGGCACCGUCGUCGGAAGAAGCGGCCACUUCCGCGACUGCUUUGAAAGCGUCGGAACAGGAAUUGCCUAGAGAUACGGAAGAAGGCACCGAGCAAGGCACGCACAAUAGAUUCGACUACUACGACUACUUGGAUGAUGGGAACUCCGUCACCAGCCGGGAACUUCCACCUCCACAGGAGAACACUGGUGGGAUGGACUAUUCCAUGUACGAUUACAGUGACGGUCUCUUCCGACGCAAGAGAACAUUGCGCAACAGUCUGGACGAGCUUCUGUCGAGCAGACGACUCCAUCGAAGGGCCCUUCGGUACAAGCGAGACGCCAACAUGGAUGACCUCCUGUACUUCCUAACGCAAAUCACCAAGUCGGACCCCAGAUAUGCCUACCUCAUGGACGAAGAGCCACAGUCAGUCCUCAGAGGUGGUUCCUCUGAGCCGAGCGAAGCGCAGCUGGAGCAGUAUCUGGGAGAGCUCUCCGACAUGUCCCGGGAGGACCGAGCCCGCACGUUGUCCACAUUGGCAGCGGCGGCGGCGUUGGCACAACAAGAACCUCACCAAUCCGCAAGAGCGCCGACUGCUGAUGACUUCCGGGAAGACGUUCCCGAGUGGUUUCAGGUCUCACGCCGUUCUCAAGCACCAUUCUAUCCACAGGAUUAUAGGUUCCUGGUGAUGCCGUCUGCAACUCAAAAGCGUUCCGAUCGCUGGGGCCGGAUACUGCAGAAACGCCGUCAGCCACCUCAAGAUGACACCGCUGACAUCAGCAGACUAUACACCCUUGCUGGGCUCCUGGCUGAGCCCGAGGAUGCUUGGGCAUAGAGAAAGAACGAGGAGAAGGCGGUGCUUAUUUUUUCAUUGAGCCACUCGGAUGUCCCUAUUUUUGUUCAAAGAGGCGAGUGGGGAUGCGAGCCCAUAAUUUCCGUGGUCGUUUCUAACGUGAUGAGAAAAUGUCUGAAAGUGCAUCGUUAUGUACUGACGUGUGUGAGGCGAUAGAGUUCGGAAUGUAGUUUCAGCUUAAAACCGAGGCCAGCUAUGGGCAUUACUUCAAAUAAAUUGUGAUGAGAGAAUGGAGGAUAGCGCAGUUAUUUUCUGUUCAGGUAGAUUGUUUGGGCAAUACAGGCACGGAAAGUGAACGCCAAUGUGGUUGAGAGAAAAGCCGGCUGAGGGCUCUUCCCUCCGGUCGUUGAUCUCUUCUGUCGAUAAACGCCAUCGGAAAACUGAAGUGCUUUGUUCGCUCGAGUGAGUGCACUCUAAGGAAAAAGGGUGUGAAAAGCACAGGGGUGACACAAACCCGCCAUUGUUGUAACUACCCUCAAGCGGGUGCUUUUGGCAAAACUGCCAUCUUGUCCUGGUCGCACGUCAUAGAAAACGUCAUUUUGAGGUCAUGUGACUUUGUUUACAUGCCGUUUUGCCGCUCACCGACAUAUAUUCGCCGUCAUAACACCAAGAGAUGACCGUAUUUUGCCAGCGUAAACUAUGUGGUGCUUCUUCGGCAACAUGGUAGCCCAUUUCACCUUAGUUUAAGUACGUCGCAUCGGCUCGGUAAGUCUUAACGCGCGGUCGUCAUCACAUCCUUGGAAGUUGUCAACAAUACGAGGCUUUAUGUGUAAAACUGCGCGUUUUAUUGCGAGAUUAUCGGAUAAAAAUAAUUACCGUGAUCGAAAAACAUCCAAAACGCCGUCCAGAAACAACAACCGCAUUGUUUACAAACGGUUUGGCCGCCGAUCGCGGGCGCCGCCAUCUUGAAGGUCACGUGUGCCUUGACGUUUGCUGUGACGUGCGACCAGGACCUGUCCAGGAUGCAUUGCGUUCGCCCACCACGCUUUCGUCUACGGAGCAAUACAUUGCAUGCCACCCCUGUGGUGAAAAGGUAGUAACUUCUAUAGUUACCACCUAUAUCAACAUAGCGUCUGAUAAAGGUUGUAAAGGAGUGGUAAAAACAAUUAUCAUAUAUCCAAAUUACUACAAAAAGGCGUACAUUCCCCUCGCUCACCGAAUCAGAAGCGGUAACCCUAUCAUUCUUAAGUGGCAGGUAGGACUUUGCAACCUUGUAGGCACAACAUAUGAGACAACUAUUACCUCCUAAAAGGUGUAACUUCUCCACCCUUUUUUCUAAGAGUGUAUAUGGUUCGCGCGGCGUAGAAGAAGCCUCGUUAAUGACGAGUUAUUUUGUCUUCGUACUUUUUUGCAAUGUUCUUCUCUCCCUUUAGUUUUCAGUUGCUCUGUGUAAGACCUCACUUGUUGUUCCAAGCGCAUAAUAACGCGGCCGUCGGUGAGCGUGGUGCGCAAUGCUGCAAAAGGGAAACAUAUUCGUCGAGACAUAUGGGAAUGCAAUUAAAUAUCAGUGCAUAAGCAUUAUUUCCAUUAUAUCACAUGCGUUUCUAGUGCACAGAGUAUGCUAAGGUUGUUAUAUUUGACACAUCGCACAGCUAAAAUGCGUUAUAUUAAAUGGACAGGCUCGGCCCUCGUAUCGUUCGAACUGAUUCUGCAU